AUGAGCUCGACUUCUAGUGCCAGCGCUAGUGCGUCGCUGCUGGAAGCUCCCGCGGCCGCGGGAGGCCAAAACACGUCGGUGUCGGCGUGGUUGUGGACAUUGGUACCCACCCUCAUCUUCGCCGUUGUCUACUAUGGCGUGUUCCUCACGUUCAGAAAGCGUGAACCCAGAGUAUACGAACCGCGUCUGGUAGUGAAGACAUUGCCCCCGGAAAUUCGUAUGGACCCCGCCCGUCGAGGUGCUUUUGGCUGGUUAUCUUAUUUGCUCAAGCAAAAUACCCUGUUCAUGGUGCAUCACCUUGGUCUCGAUGGCUACUUUCAUGUUCGAUUCAUCUUCGAGUUCAUGUGCGUGUGUAUUCUUGGGUGCGUGAUUUUGUGGCCAAUUCUUUUCCCUGUCAACGCGACUGGGGGAAACAACGAAGCCUUCUUCUCGAUUCUUUCCUAUUCCAAUGUCAGCAGCAAGUGGAGAUUCUUUGCCCACGUCUUUUUGUCAUGGAUCUUUUUCGGUUGCGUGGUGUUUUUGAUUUACAGGGAGCUUGUGUACUACACAACCUUCCGCCAUGCCGCUCAAACCACCCCAUUUUAUGACUCGUUGCUCCUGUCGCGCACGCUUCUCAUCAGUGAACUCCCUAAAGAAUUCAUGGCCGAAGAAGAAUUGCGCAAGCACUUUCCCCUGGCGACCAACAUUUGGUACGCUCGUAAAUAUAAGGAGUUGCAAAAGAAAGUCAAAGAGCGCACUAAACUUGCUAAAAAAUACGAGGGCUCUGCGAACAAGGUGAUUAGAAAGGCAAUGAAGCAGGUGCUCAAAGCUGAAAAGAAGGGCGAACCCGCUCCUGAACCAGCUGAUGAUGUCAACACUUACCUUAAGGGCGGCAAAAAGAGACCCACGCACCGUCUCAAGUUUUUGAUUGGUAAGAAGGUUGACACUUUGGACUACGGGAAAAUUAGACUUGGUGAGCUUAACACUGAAAUUGCUAAAGAUCAGCGCGAACAUGAGGCCAAUGAACAAUUGUCUUCAGUGUUUUUGGAAUUCCCUACUCAAAUCGAGUUGGCGAAGGCGUACCAGGCGAUUCCUUAUCUCAAGGAGUUCAAGCACUCUCGGCGCCGGUCGGGUGUUGCCCCUGAAGAUGUGGUCUGGUCAAACAUGGCCUUUACCAAAUAUGAACGGUGGUUGCGGUAUAUUGGUGCAAACACCGUUCUCACCCUUUUGGUGGUAUUCUGGUGUGUUCCCAUUUUUGUCGUUGGUGCCAUUUCUAACAUUAACUUCAUUACUACGGCUCUUCCAUUCCUCAAAUUUAUCAAUAGCGUUCCUGAUGUUAUCAAGGGUGUGAUUACUGGUUUGCUUCCUGUUGUGUUGUUGGCAGUGUUGAUGGCUCUUCUUGUACCAUUCAUCAAGUUUAUGGCGAAGCAAUCGGGCUGUCUUACUCAACAAGAUAUUUCGGGGUACACUCAAUCGUGGUAUUACGCGUUUUUGGUGGUAAACUCAUUCAUUAUGAUGACAAUUGCGUCUUCAUCGAUCUCCGUUAUUCAAGAUAUCAUCAACAAUCCCAGUCUGGCUCGUGAUAUCUUGGGUAAAAACUUACCCCAAGCCGCCAAUUUCUUCAUCUCUUACAUCACUCUUCAAGGUUUAGCUGUUCCUGGUUCAUUGCUCGCCCAAGUCGUUGGUCUCAUCUUGUUCCAAUUCUUGGGUAAGAUUUUGGAUGGGACUCCUCGCGCUAAAUGGACCCGUUGGACUUCAAUUGGUUCCCCUGACUAUGGUGUUGAGUACGCUACUAUGCAAUUCCUUUGCGUUUUGGCAUUGUCUUACGCAAUGAUUGCACCCUUGAUUCUUGGCUUUGCCGCCGUUGCUUACCUUUUAACUUACUUUGGUAAGAUUUACGUUAUGACGUACGUCAAAGUCCCCAACCCUGUUGAUGCUCGUGGUAGAAACUACCCUAAGGCAUUGUUUCAAUUAUUCACCGGCUUGUACUUGGCUCAAGUGGUGCUUAUCAUUAUGUUUGCCAUUAAGUUUAACUGGGCUUGUGUGGCGCUUGAAGGUGUAUCUCUUGGGGCAACGGUGUUGGCUCACUUGUGGUUCCAACGGAUGUUCUUCCCUAUCUUGGAUACUGUACCUAUUAGUGCCAUCAAGGAAGCUGCUGGCGACCCCGACUGUGUCUACCCUAUGAGAGAUCAAGGUCGCAAAGAGGUUAAGACUGAAGGUGUCAGCUAUUGGGAUGGCGGCAAUGAACUUGGUGUCAUGAGCUCUCAUGUUCACGGCCAAGUCUUGAACGACAGAUUCCCCAUGGACGACGAGAAGGCUUUACCUGUCCCGGAAAUCGUUCAAGCACCUUCGACUAUGUCUACCGACAAAGCCACUCGUGUACUGACCGAUACCGAAGAUGUACAGAAGCGCUCUCCAUUUGGUGAUGACAACCGUGUGAGCGAUGUGGGUAACUCUAAAUCGAAAUAUGGUUUGUCGGACGGUGUCAACACUGGAAAGGCGGCUGCAAAAUUGGCUACUAGCGCCCCCAAGGCAGGUCUUCUGUGGAUCUCCAGAUUUUUCCACCCCAGAAGAGAACUGUUCCAGUUCUUGAGAUCUUUGAUGCCUGAUAUUUUGUUCCAAUACAUCGAGUAUAACCCUGAUUUUGUCGCGAACGCGUACACUGAUCCCGCGGUGACGGAUUCUCCUCCUGAGAUCUGGCUUAUUAAAGAUCCCAUGGGUCUUUCGGAAAUUGAAAAGAAUCAAGCUAAGGUGGAAGGUGUCAGUGUUGUGGAUGAUAACGCUUCCUUCAUUGAAGGGACGACUAAUUUCCAAUUUGACGGACCUCCUCCCGGUUAUGAAGAAGCCAUUCGUGCCUGA